AUGAAGAAUUGUUUUGCUGAAAAUGUAUUUUUGCUGUGGGUUACUGCUAUCGCCUUUUCUCCUUUAGCUUGUGGUGAUGGAUGCAGCAAAGAACAGACGAGAGCUCUCUUGGAGAUGAGAAACUCCACAAAUGGUUUCGCCUUUGCUGGCUGGGACGGAAGAGACUGUUGUGAAGCAGGGGAAAUUAACUGUCGCGGUACAAAUGGGGGAGUUAGCUCAAUACAUUUGGGCGGCUACGGCAGGGCACCACCAAGUAGUACAUGGUAUCCAAAUGUAACCUUGUUCACCUUAUUUGAUGAACUGAAAGCUCUAUCUCUUGUUAACAUGCAAAUUGGAGGAGGGCUUCAACCUUUUUGCCAACUAAAGCGAUCAAAACAUCUAUGGAUGCUGGAUCUUGAUUAUAAUAGAUUGGAAGGCAUUAUUCCCUCCUGUCUUGGGAUGAUUGAAAACAUUGAAGUCCUUGAUCUUUCGGAUAAUCUCUUUCAUGGUAAUUUACCUCAAUCAAUAUUCUCCAAAAAAAGCAAGAUUAUGUUUUUGUAUGCUUCUAGCAAUCAAUUAGAAGGGGUAAUCUCAUUUUCUAUUUUUGCCAAUGCUUCAAGACUCAUGAACCUCGAUCUUUCAAGCAACAAAGAUUUGGAAAUUGAAACCGAGUCUCCCUCAUGGGUUCCAACCUUUCAGCUAUCAUAUCUGAACUUGGCAAACUGCAGCCUCAACAAGAAGAAUGGUCAUGUUUUCCCAAGCUUCAUCUCCACCCAAGUUUUCUUGCUCAGGCUAGACUUGUCUCACAACUUAAUAGAGGGAAGCGUACCUUGUGAGCUACUAUUCAACAGGAGUAUCCGAGUUUUAUCCUUGAGAAGUAACCAAAUUGAUGGCUCUCUUUCUUUUGGUUGCUUUGCUAAUCAAACUUCAUCACUUAUCGCCUUCGACAUAUCAGAAAAUAAUGUCACAGGUUCUCUUCCUGAAAAUAUUGGGCAUCUUCUUCCAGACUUAUAUUAUGUUGACAUGUCCUCAAAUGCAUUAGAGGGCAUCAUUCCUUCGUCUUUUGGUAAUUUGUCUUUUGAGAUAUUAGACCUUUCUAAUAACAAGCUCUCAGGUACAAUACCUCGAGGUUUGACUAGAGAUGGUACCCCACUGGUAUAUCUAAAUCUAUCAAACAAUAAAUUGAAAGGAGAAAUCCUCCCAAGGGACUCCAACAUGACAAAGUUGAAAAGCUUACAACUCAACGGCAAUCAAUUUGAAGGAAUGAUCUCACCCACCAUAUCAAACAGUCCCAAUUUGGUAAUCCUAGAUAUUGGAAAUAAUCACUUGUCUGGUAAUAUUCCAAAGUGGUUGUAUGAUCAUCCUCGCUUGGUGGCUGUUCUUUUAAGUGGAAAUCGAUUUGAAGGUCACCUACUCCGUAGAAUGUGUGGAAUGCAAAGUCUGCAAGUUUUCGAUAUCUCUAAUAAUCAUAUUUCAGGAGGUAUUCCCUCAUGCCUUGACAACAUUACAUUUUGGAAGAAGAGUUCUCCAAACUCUACUGACUCGAACUAUUACACAGUACAGAAUCCUCUGUAUGACGAUAUUGAAUAUCCAAAUGGGCAAGACAAGAAAUUGCAAAUUCAAAUGUCCUUGCGAAUAAAAUAUGAGGUAUAUACUUUCCAAGGUAUCCCACUCUCGUUGAUGUCUUUAAUUGACAUGUCAUCUAACCAAUUGAUAGGGAGCAUUCCUUCUGAAAUGGGAGAAUUGUUACAGCUUCGAUCCUUGAACUUGUCGAAUAAUUUUUUAACUGGCCCCAUUCCAAACUCUUUCCGAAACUUGAAAAACAUGGAGAACUUGGAUCUUUCCCACAACAAGUUGACUGGGGGAAUCCCUUAUGAAUUGGUUGGACUCACUUCUCUAUCUACAUUUAGUGUUGCAAGUAACAAUCUUUCAGGAAGAAUCCCAUUUGAGCGGCAGUUCUCAACUUUCGGGACGCAAUCCUAUGAUGACAAUCCAGAUCUCUGUGGAGUCCCUUUGCCAAAAAAUUGUUCAACCACAAACAAGCUUGAACCUGAACAUGAGGAUGAAAGGGAAGAGACUAGAAUAAUUGAUAGUCCUUUAUUCUUUUACGCAUUUGUUGCUGUCUCUUAUGCAUUUGGAUUUUGGGUUUUCUUUGGGAUCCUAAUCAUUAAAAAGAAUUGGAGGCAAAUCUAUUUUAGAGCUGUGGACAAAUACAUUGAGUCAUGUUUCGAAAUGCUCUCCAAGUAUUGGUGAUUCACACAGACAACUUUGUAGUGGAAGUAGAAAACAUAUUUGUACUUCAGAGUAAUGUCUUCA